AUGUCUCACCGUAAAUACGAAGAACCUAGACACGGUUCGCUUGGAUUCUUGCCCAGAAAGAGGGCUGCCCGUCACAGAGGAAAGGUUAAGUCUUUCCCUGUUGAUGACAAGACCAAGCCCAUUCACCUUACCGCUUUCCUUGGUUACAAGGCCGGUAUGACCACCACUGUCCGUGACUUGGACAGACGUGGAUCCAAGAUGGACAAGCGUGAGGUUGUUGAGGCCGUCACUGUUGUCGACACUCCUCCUCUUGUUGUCGUCGGUGUUGUUGGUUACGUCGAGACUCCUCGUGGUCUCCGUUCUUUGACCACUGUCUGGGCCGAGCACUUGUCCGAUGAGGUCAAGAGAAGAUUCUACAAGAACUGGUACAAGUCUAAGAAGAAGGCUUUCACCAAGUACGCCAAGAAGUACUCUGAGGGUUCUGCUGGUGUUGCUCAAGAGCUUGAGCGUAUCAAGAAGUACGCUACUGUUGUCCGUGUCCUUGCCCACACUCAAAUCAGAAAGACUCCUCUUGGUCAAAAGAAGGCUCACCUUGCCGAGAUCCAAAUUAACGGUGGUUCUAUUGCCGACAAGGUCGAGUGGGCUCAAGAGCACUUUGAGAAGACUGUUGAUGUCGCCUCUGUUUUCGAGCAAGACGAGGUCAUUGAUGUCAUUGCCGUCACCAAGGGUCACGGUUACGAGGGUGUUACCGCCCGUUGGGGUACUAAGAAGCUUCCCAGAAAGACCCACCGUGGUCUCCGUAAGGUCGCUUGUAUUGGUGCUUGGCAUCCUUCCCACGUCCAAUGGACUGUUGCCCGUGCCGGUCAAGACGGUUAUCACCACCGUACUUCCACCAACCACAAGGUUUACCGUGUUGGUAAGGCUGGUGAUGAGUCUUCUGGUUCUACUGAGUUUGACCGUACUAAGAAGACUAUCACUCCUCUUGGUGGUUUCGUCAGAUAUGGUGAGAUCAACAACGAUUUCGUCAUCAUCAAGGGUUCCAUCCCUGGUGUUAAGAAGAGAGUUGUCACUUUGAGAAAGUCUCUCAAGGUCCACACCUCCAGAAAGGCCCUCGAGAAGGUCCAACUCAAAUGGAUUGACACUGCUUCUAAGUUCGGUAAGGGUAGAUUCCAAACUGUUGCUGAGAAGCACGCUUUCACUGGUACUUUGAAGAAGGAUACUGCUUAA